CUGAACACCCUCAGACUUGAGGCACGAGGGAGGCGGUAGUAACCGACCUGGGUCCUGCUCCUCAGCGUCAUUCCGCUUCUCGGCUCUGGGGCAGAAUCUGAAAUAGGCUGAUUAGCCGGUAUCUCAGGACACGAUGUAAGAGCCCCAAACAUGCAAAUUGGUUAUGGGGCAUAAAUAGACUUUGCUGAGCUCACCCUGGCCGUCUUUGCAGGCUCCGGGGCCCAUUCCCUAGGGGCAGUCGGGGUGGCAAGAGGCACGGCAGGAGCGCCAUGCAGCUUGGAGCUCCUCACCUCCAUUGGACGUGUCUGCCUCCCUCCGGCAUCGGCCGGCCGCCUGCUCUCCGCCCGGGGCCGGCCGGCACCUGCAGCUCCCACCGCACCGCCACGCGCGCCCUCCACGCACCCCCGCCGCUUGGCUUGGCAGCAAGUGCCUGCUCUCCGGAGAUCGCUUCGCAUUAACUUUCCCAUCUGACAUAAUAAUGGAGAGAAAAUGAAGAAAUUCCAUUAGCGGCUGGCGGCGAGCGAGCGAGCGAGCGAGCGCGGGGUCCCGGGCGCGCCGGAGCCGGGCGGAGGGAGCCUGUAUUUUUAGCCAGAUGCCGCGGAACUUGCUGGCGCUCCCCGCGCCGCGGAGCAGAUAACGGGGGAGGGGGAGAAGGGAGCCGGGCUCGGAUUUCAGCGCGAGCGCCGGACGAUGGCAGCGAGACAGGGCAGGUCCGGGGCAGACCCUGCUGCUGAUGCUGCUACCAGCUUUCUGAGGGCAGCGAGAUCAGGUAACUUGGACAAAGCUUUGGAUCACCUGCGGAAUGGGGUAGAUAUUAACACCUGUAACCAGAAUGGGCUGAACGGCUUGCAUCUGGCCUCUAAAGAAGGCCAUGUGAAAAUGGUGGUUGAACUUCUGCACAAAGAAAUCACUUUGGAAACGACAACCAAGAAAGGGAACACGGCCCUGCACAUCGCAGCCCUUGCUGGUCAGGACGAAGUGGUCCGGGAGCUGGUCAACUAUGGUGCCAACGUCAAUGCCCAGUCGCAGAAAGGCUUCACACCCCUGUACAUGGCAGCACAAGAGAAUCACUUAGAAGUGGUGAAGUUUUUACUGGAAAAUGGAGCCAAUCAGAAUGUAGCCACAGAAGACGGCUUCACCCCCCUCGCCGUGGCUCUGCAGCAGGGCCACGAGAGCGUGGUGGCCCACCUCAUCAACUACGGGACGAAAGGGAAGGUGCGUCUGCCUGCCCUGCACAUCGCCGCCCGCAACGAUGACACUCGGACCGCCGCGGUGCUGCUGCAGAACGACCCCAACCCAGAUGUGCUUUCCAAGACGGGAUUUACCCCCCUCCACAUCGCAGCUCACUAUGAGAACCUCAGCGUGGCCCAGUUACUCCUCAACAGGGGAGCCAGUGUCAACUUCACCCCACAGAACGGCAUCACGCCGCUGCACAUUGCUUCCCGCAGGGGCAAUGUGGUCAUGGUGCGGCUCCUGCUGGACCGGGGGGCCCAGAUAGAAACAAGGACCAAGGACGAAUUGACACCUCUCCACUGUGCAGCUCGAAACGGGCAUGUGCGAAUCGCAGAGAUCCUGCUGGACCACGGGGCACCCAUCCAGGCCAAAACCAAGAACGGCUUGUCUCCCAUUCACAUGGCGGCUCAGGGAGACCACCUCGACUGUGUUCGACUACUGUUGCAAUACAACGCAGAGAUAGACGACAUCACGCUGGACCACCUGACCCCGCUCCACGUGGCGGCCCACUGCGGCCACCACAGAGUGGCCAAAGUCCUUUUGGAUAAAGGGGCCAAACCAAACUCCAGAGCCCUGAAUGGCUUUACCCCCUUACACAUCGCCUGCAAGAAGAACCACAUCCGUGUCAUGGAGCUGCUGCUGAAGACCGGAGCUUCCAUUGACGCUGUCACCGAGUCUGGCCUGACCCCUCUCCACGUGGCUUCCUUCAUGGGGCACCUUCCCAUCGUGAAGAACCUCCUGCAGCGGGGAGCGUCACCCAACGUCUCCAACGUGAAAGUGGAGACCCCGCUACACAUGGCAGCCAGAUCAGGGCACAUGGAAGUGGCCAAAUAUUUGCUCCAGAACAAAGCCAAAGUCAAUGCCAAAGCCAAGGACGACCAGACGCCGCUUCACUGUGCAGCUCGCAUUGGCCACACAAACAUGGUGAGGCUCCUGCUGGAAAACAACGCCAACCCCAACCUGGCCACCACGGCCGGGCACACCCCCCUGCACAUCGCGGCCCGAGAGGGCCACGUGGAAACAGCCCUGGCCCUUCUGGAAAAGGAAGCAUCCCAGGCCUGCAUGACCAAGAAAGGAUUUACCCCUCUCCAUGUGGCGGCCAAGUAUGGGAAAGUUCGGGUGGCCGAGGUGCUGCUGGAACAGGGCGCACAUCCCAACGCUGCCGGAAAAAAUGGCUUGACCCCGCUGCACGUGGCCGUCCAUCACAACAACCUGGACAUCGUCAAGCUGCUGCUGCCCCGUGGAGGCUCCCCACACAGCCCUGCCUGGAAUGGCUACACCCCCUUGCACAUCGCUGCCAAGCAGAACCAGAUGGAGGUUGCCCGCAGUCUGCUGCAGUAUGGGGGGUCGGCGAAUGCAGAGUCGGUGCAAGGUGUGACGCCCCUCCACCUCGCUGCCCAAGAAGGUCACGCAGAGAUGGUGGCUCUGCUACUUUCGAGACAAGCCAAUGGCAACCUGGGAAACAAGAGUGGACUCACUCCCCUCCAUCUAGUAGCACAAGAAGGCCACGUUCCAGUGGCAGACAUGCUGAUCAAACACGGUGUCACGGUGGACGCCACCACCCGGAUGGGUUACACUCCACUCCACGUGGCCAGUCAUUAUGGGAAUAUCAAACUGGUGAAGUUUUUGCUGCAGCACCAGGCUGAUGUCAAUGCCAAGACCAAGCUAGGAUACAGCCCCUUGCACCAGGCGGCCCAACAAGGACACACAGACAUUGUGACUCUGCUUCUGAAAAAUGGUGCUUCCCCGAAUGAGGUCAGCUCGAAUGGAACCACACCUCUGGCUAUAGCCAAGCGCUUGGGCUACAUUUCCGUAACCGACGUGCUCAAGGUUGUCACGGAUGAAACCGGCAUGGUGUCAGUCAGUGACAAGCACCGGAUGAGUUUCCCUGAGACGGUAGAUGAGAUUCUGGAUGUCUCUGAAGAUGAGGGGGAAGAACUGAUCGACUCCAAACCUGAGAGGCCGGAUUCCAGGGAUGCCGAUGAAGAGAAAGAGCUGCUGGAUUUUGUGCCUAAGUUAGACCAAGGGGUGGAAUCUCCAGCCAUUCCGAGGAUUCCUUGUGUCACACCUGAGACAAUGGCGCUCAGAUCUGAAGAGGCGGAACAGGCAUCCAAAGAAUACGAUGAAGACUCUCUCAUCCCCAGCAGCCCAGCCACGGAGACCUCGGACAACAUCAGCCCCGUGGCCAGCCCGGUGCACACGGGGUUCUUGGUGAGCUUCAUGGUUGACGCCCGGGGGGGCUCCGUGAGAGGAAGCCGCCACAACGGCCUGCGGGUGGUGAUCCCGCCCCGGACCUGCGCGGCGCCCACGCGUAUCACCUGCCGCCUGGUCAAGCCCCAGAAGCUGGGCACGCCGCCGCCCCUGGCCGAGGAGGAGGGCCUGGCCAGCAGGAUCAUCGCGCUGGGGCCCACGGGGGCUCAGUUCCUGAGCCCUGUGAUUGUGGAGAUCCCCCACUUUGCCUCCCACGGCCGGGGGGACCGUGAGCUGGUGGUUCUGAGGAGUGAAAAUGGCUCCAUAUGGAAGAAACAUAAGGGCUGCUCCAGAGAAAGCUACCUGGAUGAAAUCCUCAAUGGGAUGGAUGAAGAGCUGGGGAGCCUGGAGGAGCUGGAGAAGAAGAGGAUCUGCCGCAUCAUCACCACCGACUUCCCCCUGUACUUUGUCAUCGUGUCACGGCUUUGUCAGGACUGCGACACCGUCAGCCCCAAAGGGGGGUCCCUGAGGAGCAAGCUGGUCCCCCUGGUGCAGGCAACGUUCCCCGAAAAUGCUGUCACCAAAGAAGUGAAGCUGGCCCUGCAGGCCCAGCCUGUACCAGAUGAGCUAGUCACCAAACUCCUGGGCAACCAGGCCACAUUCAGCCCCAUCGUCACCGUGGACCCGCGGCGCCGCAAAUUCCACCGCCCCAUUGGGCUUCGCAUCCCGCUGCCGCCCUCGUGGAUGGACAACCCUCGGGACAGUGGGGAGGGGGACACCACCAGCCUGCGCCUGCUCUGCAGCGUCAUCGGAGGAACAGAUCAAGCCCAGUGGGAGGAUAUAACUGGAACAACCAAGCUUGUGUAUGCCAAUGAGUGUGCCAACUUCACCACCAAUGUCUCCGCCAGGUUUUGGCUGUCAGACUGUCCCCGGACAGCUGAGGCUGUGAACUUCGCCACUCUGCUGUACAAGGAGCUCACUGCGGUGCCCUAUAUGGCCAAGUUUGUCAUCUUUGCCAAGAUGAAUGACCCCCGGGAAGGGCGGCUGCGCUGCUACUGUAUGACAGAUGAUAAGGUGGACAAGACCCUCGAGCAGCACGAGAACUUCGUCGAGGUAGCACGGAGCAGGGACAUAGAGGUUUUGGAAGGAAUGCCCCUUUUUGCAGAACUCUUUGGAAACCUGAUGCCAAUCAGAAAAGCCGCCCAGCAGCGGAGCUUCCACUUCCAGUCAUUUCGGGAGAACCGUUUGGCCAUACCUGUGAAGGUGAGGGACAGCAGUCGAGAACCAGGAGGCUCCUUGUCAUUUCUGCGCAAGGCAAUGAAGUAUGAGGACACGCAGCCCAUUCUCUGCCACUUGAACAUCACCAUGCCCCCCUGCACCACGGGGAGCGGAGCUGAUGAGAGGAGAAGGACUUUGACACCCCUGGUCCUGAGAUACAGCAGUCUCAGCCAAUCGACACUGGGUUUUCUCAGUGGGACAGAGCAAGCAGACGUGAAAAUGACUAUUGUAUCAGAUCACCUUGGCCCCAGCUGGACAGAGUUGGCCCGGGAGCUGCAGUUCAGUGUGGAAGACAUCAACAAGAUCCGUGUGGAAAACCCCAACUCCUUGUGGGAGCAGAGUGCAGCCUUGCUGAACCUCUGGGUCAUCCGGGAAGGCGAAAACGCAAAGAUGGAGAAUCUUUACACAGCCCUGAGGAGCAUCGACCGGAGCGACAUCCUGAACGUGCUGGAGGGCUCUGGCAGGCAGAGCCGCAACCUGAGGCCGGACCGGCGGUCGGCGGCCCGAGACUACUCCUUGUCGCCCUCCCAGAUGAAUGGUUACUCCUCGCUGCAGGACGAGCUGCUGUCCCCUGCCUCCCUGCACUACAUGCUUCCCUCUCCGCUGAGUGCAGACCAGUACUGGAACGAGGUGGCUGUCAGAGACGCCAUCCCCUUGGCGCCCACGGAGCAUGACGCCAUGCUGGAGAUGUCUGACAUGCAGGUGUGGUCCACGGACCUCACGCCCUCCCUGGUCACUGCUGAGGACUCCUCUCUGGAGUACAGCAAGGCCGAGGACUCUGACGCCACAGGCCACGAGUGGAAGUUGGAGGGGGCGCUCUCAGAGGAACCACAGGAGCCCGAGCUGGGCUCCCUGGACCUGGUGGAGGACGACACAGUGGAUUCAGAUGCCACAAAUGGUCUUAUUGAUUUGCUUGACCAGGAGGAAGGUCAGAGGUCAGAAGAGAAGCUGCCAGGUUAUGAGAGGCAGGAUGACUCAACAGGUGCAGGGCAGGACUCAGAGAAUGAAGUGUCUCUUGUUUCAGGCCAGCAGAGUGUGCAAGCCCGAACCACAGACUCCCCCACCGUGAGUCAGGUGAUGGAGCAGAGCCAGGACAGACUGCAGGACUGGGAUGGGGAAGGCUCCAUUGUCUCAUACCUACAAGACACUGCACAAGGGUCUUGGCAAGAGGAGGUCACGCCAGGCCCACACUCAUUCCAGAGGACGGUCACCACUGUCCGAAGGCUGGAGCCCGGUGGGUCUCAGGAGCACGAGGAGGUCCUGAUGUCCGCCGCCGAGCACAUGCGGGUAGACCAGCCGGAGCCUGAGAGUCCCCUGGCCGACUGGGAACAGAGACGACAAGGUCACAGAGAGUGGGUGCAGGAGGCCGAGAGCGCCUUCUCCCCGGUGGUCAAGGGGAAUGAGCUUCAGAAUAUUCCAGGGGAGCUGGUGACAGAGGAACAAUUCACAGAUGAACAGGGCAACAUUGUCAUCAAGAAGAUCACCCGCAAAAUUGUUCGGCAGAUAGACUCAUCCGGUACUGAAGACACCCAGGAGCACGAGGAGGUGAUUGUUGAGGGGCCCCUGGAGGACCCCAGUGAGUUGGAAGCCGAUCUCGAUUACUUUGUGCAGCACGCCAAGGUGGAGCUGAGAGGGAGUAGCCCACAGCCGGACCUGAUAGAGGGCAGGAAGGGGGCUCAGAUAGUGAAGCGGGUCAGCCUGAAAAGGGGCAAACAGUGAUCUCUAAGCCUCUCUCCCUCGAAUAGCCUCCUUGGAGGAUCACACCUCGACACCCAAUCCCUGAACUCCACACACUCUGCCAUGCAAACGGGAGGAGAGCUGCACUGGAGGGCCACAGAUGCGGCGCCCAUGUUUCUCUAGGCUAACGGCAUGAUCUCUGUAAGAGACUUCCUUUAGUCUCCUAUUCGCAUGACUGACUGUAGACGCAUGACCUACAGUCCUAAAUCCUGCCUCUAGUGACGAUCUCUGUUGGGAAUCAGGACAAAAGCAGCAAGAAGGGGAGAGAGAGAGAGGGGGGA